AUGGCACACUGGAAGACCCCCGACGAGGGACCGUCCAAGAAGCGAAGGGUGGCUAACGUCGGCCACUUCCAGUCGGACGUGGGGCCGGACCAGUUCCUGCGUAUCGUCUUCAAGCCAACCUUCAACCGGCUACGGAUCCCUCAUGAUUUCCUCAGGUGGUUCGGAGAAAUCCCUUCGAACAUCAACGUCACCACCAACACAGGCUGCUACUGGAGGAUGACUACAGUGAGAGAAGGCAAUGACGCAUACAUCGACCAGGGGUGGGCGGCCUUCGCCGUCGCUCAUCAGUUGCAGAUAGGUCAGUUCCUCGUCUUCAAGAAGGUGUCCACCUUCUAG